AUGGUAGACGCAGUCGAGCCUGUCGAGGUAGCUGUUGACUCUGGUGCCGCUAGGGGUGCUGAGCCUGCGGGUGCCGGGUCUGGAGGUGCUGAGCCUAGCGGUGCGGAGCCUGGGGUUGCUGAGUCUAGGGGUGCUGAGUCUGCGGGUGCCGGGUCUGGGGGUGCUGAGCCUAGGGGUGCGGAGCCUGGGGGUGCUGAUCCUGGGGGUACGGAGCGUGGGAUGCGGAGCGUGGGGGUGCUGGGUCUGCUCGUGUGGCCUCUGGCGGUGCUUCGUCCAGUCGGGAGCUACCCUCUCCGCAGGAGCUGCGCGAGUGGUUUGCCCGGCGCUGGAGCCGUGCUGCUGGAGCUAGAGGUGUUACUAUUGCUGCUGGUCCUGGAGGUGCUCGUACUGGCGGUACUGGAGCUGCUGGGACGUGGACUGCUGUUGGGGCUAUUGGAGUUGGUCCUGCUGGAGGUACUGCUGAAGCUGUUGGCGGUACUGGAGCUGACGGUCCUGCUCGAGCCGCUGGAGCUAGAGCAGCUGGGGGUGUUGGCGCUGGAGGUGCUGCUGGCGCUGGUGCUUCUGAGGGUGCUGGAGUUGGCGCUGUUGGAGUUGGGGGUGCUGCUGGCGCUGGUGCUGCCGCUGGGGGUACUGUCGCGGUCACAGUUACAGCCCGCCUCCCCCUUACCUGCUCCUUCUCCCUACACUGGUCCUACUGGAGGUCUUGCUGAGCGUCGUGAGCCUGCGUCUCGUCCUGCGUCGCCUGUUCGUGCUGCUCGCACUAGUAGUCAUGCUCCGCGUCAGCGUCCUCCUGCCAUCCCGGGCGCACACGAGAUGGCACUGCGUCCUUCCACUGCUCCUCUGCGUGUCCCGCUGCCGUCUCCUCCAGAGUCCUCUCUUCCUGUCCUUGCUGACCCAGAGUAUGCCUCUCUUCGUGUUGCCAGUCCUACUCUGACACGUCUCCUGGCUACUGUUGUGACUGACCCUUCCUUUGAGUCCACUUUUGCGUCUGCCUUGGUUGCUGAGCUUGUCGACUUUGCUUCUCGCUGUCGUCUAGACUACGCCACUAGUCUUGUUGCUCUGUCUGAGGCUGCGAUCGAGGGUCCCUACUCCUCUCAGUGGCAGUCAGCCAUGGACGCAGAGAUGGCUUCCUGGAAGUCCACAGGCACCUAUGUCGACGAGGUUCCCCCACCUGGUGCGAACAUCGUCAGUGGCAUGUGGAUUUUCAGGGUGAAGCGGCCGCCGGGUUCUCCGCCUGUCUUCAAGGCGCGUUACAUGGCUCGAGGCUUCAGUCAGCAGCAGGGAGUUGACUACUUUCAGACCUUCUCUCCCACCCCGUGGAUGACCACUCUUCGGGUGCUGCUGCACAUAGCCGCUCAGCGGGACUACGAGCUCCACUCUCUUGACUUCUGCACAGCUUUCCUGCAGGACAGCCUGCACGAGGAGAUCUGGCUGCGCUGCCCACCUGGCUCCACUGGGUCGUUUCCUCCUGGUACCCAGUGGAGCCUCCGGCGGUCAUUCUACGGUCUCCGCCAGGCGCCCCGUGAGUGGCACGACACACUGAGGACUACACUUGCGGCUCUUGGGUUUGCUCCUUCUACAGCCGACACGUCGCUGCUUCUACGCUCCAACACCUCUUUGCCGCCGUUCUACAUCCUCGUGUACGUCGAAGACUUGGUCAUUCCCAUUGCUGACACUGCUGGACUCGCCCACGUGAAGUUUGAGCUGCAGAAGAGACACACGUGCACAGACCUGGGUGAAGUGCGCAGCUACCUUGGCUUGCGGAUCACCCGGGACAGAGCACAGCGCACCAUUACCCUGACUCAGUCACACAUGGUGCAGCAGGUCCUUCAGCGCUUCGACUUCACGUACUCCUCGCCUCAGGCCACUCUGUCUACUCGCCACUCGCUCUCAGCUCAGCCUUCAGAUGAGUCCGUACAGCCGAAGCACAUGGCUGCAGCGAAGAGGGUGUUGCGCUACUUGUGCAGUACGUCGGGCAUGGGGCUAGUGCUUGGAGGGCGACGUCCAGUGGUCCUCACAGGUCACGCUGACGCUUCUUGGGCUGACGACCAGGCUACGCAGCGGUCGUCACAGGGUUACACCUUCAGCCUUGGUUCCGGCUCUGUUUCGUGGCGGUCCACCCGCUCGUCCUCUGUUCUCGGCUCCAGCUGUGAGGCUGAGAUCUACGCGGGGGCCAUGGCUGCGCAGGAGCUACGCUGA